AUCGGUGAUUAAUCGAUUAUAAAAAUAACCGUUUGUGGCAGCCCUACUAACAAAUUAAAAAAUUACUGCUCACUGAAUAAAUUAUGUCUCUGCUUUGGUUUUGGGAGUCUUUAUGCGUUUUUAACAGUAUAUUCCUGUAGUUGUCUGCAUCCUGCUCUCUGAAAACAUCAUUUAACCCAGUUUAACUUGUGAGGAAAGUCAAAGAUAAAAACAUAGGAGAGAAAGUUGGAAGAUUUAUUCUCCUUGUGUUUGGAUACGUUAGGAGCAUCGACGCUCGCUGGUUUUUAGUGUGAAGGACAGUUCUCAUCACUUCCACUGCUCAGCUGGCCUUUCGUGCCGUGUUUAUUUGCACCGUCGCCCCUGCGGCCACGUUUUCCACGUCGCCGAUCUUCUAGCUGGCUAAUCAGAUGAGUUGGCAGCAGGGGUCAGCGGUGCACAUGUCUGGUCAGCGAGAGCGAAACUCCAUCUGGGGAGAUCAGAGGUGAGACCUCUGUGGCCUUAAAGUGUGCUGGCUGUAAAUAGCUCCCGAAGCGCCGAGCCAAGGGAUCAAUGGGGUGUAAAUGGAAGCGGUGGGUGUGUUAUUAUUAGAGACUGAGGGGAACUUUGGAUGUUCUGUUCGUUUGCUCGACCCUGUUUGUUUCUUUUGAUUGAAGUUGGGAGGUUUUCAUGGAGAUCAUCAAAAAGGACGACGAUGGAGAAGAAUACACUUCAGGCCCCGAGGGGGAGAUGACGAAGGAGGACGUUUCAGAGCCGGUUGAAGGGGAUGCCGUCCUGGGCUGCCUCUCAAGACUCCCACCCCACCAGAGGGUGGUCAUCCACCAGGUGGCCUCUGCACCGAUGCCAAAUGACUGUGAGUUCUCCUUCUUUGACCCCAGUGAGCUGCAGUGCAAGGGGAUUCUUCAGGAUCCCAACACCACCAUCCCUGAGCUGUUUGCGGUCCUCAGGCAGUGGGUGCCUCAGGUCCAGAAGAAUAUAGACAUCAUCGGCAUUGAGAUCCUGAAGAGAGGCUGCGGCGUGAAUGACCGAGACGGUCUGACUGAUAUGACCCUACUGCACUACUGCUGCAAGGCCGGGGCCCCAGGYAUCGGUGAUGCGGAGACGGCAGCUAGCUUCGCCCGGCAGCUCCUCGCCCUGGGUGCCGAUCCCAGCCUUUGCUCGCGCUGGACCAACAUGCGGGCCCUGCAUUACGCCGCCUACUUUGAUGUGCCCCAGCUGAUCCGGGUGGUCCUGCAGGCCUCCCAGGGUGGAGAGGUCGAUGCCACCUGCAGUGACUUUGACUUCGGCACAUCUCUGCACAUCGCUGCUUCUAACCUGUGCACCUCAGCCGUCAAGUGUCUCCUGGAGCUGGGAGCAAAUCCAGCGUUCAGAAACGACAAAGGGCAGAGUCCAGCUGACGUCGUCCCCGACCCCCUCGAUAUGCCUUUGGAGAUGGCGGACGCAGCCGCCGUGGCCAAAGAGCUGCGGAGCUUACUGAGGCGGGCUUUACCCAGGCCCAGCUCGCCGCUGCCCCUCACGCUGCAAGGCCAGUGCAUCCCCGCGCUCUCUGACAGGGCGAGGAUCCAGCUCGCCUCCAUGGGGAUUCGACUGGGCGAUCGAGUGGUUAUUGCCAGACAGAAGGUUGGAACGCUGCGAUUCUGCGGCAGCACCGAGUUCUCCGGAGGCCUCUGGGCCGGAGUGGAACUGGACAAACCAGAGGGCAAGAACGACGGUUCUGUAGCAGGGGUUCAAUAUUUCGUCUGUCGGGUCAAACACGGAAUUUUUGCUCCUUUGUCCAAAAUAAGUAAGCCUUUAGAAAAACACAAAUCAAGCACCCCAAGAACAUCUACACCUCUGCGCCCCCCUCGUCGUGUUGAUCUCACCAGAGUUACCUCAAAGAUUAACACAGGUUUAUCUGUCAUUAAAAAAGUACCUGAURGUCAUGAAAGUCCACCUGGUCGCAGUACAUGUGCAGAGGGAGACGCCUCAGACAGUAAGACAGGUAACCUCUCCCACUCCCUUUCUUCUUCAUCGUCUUCGCUGGACUCUCGGCACAGACCGAGCCCUCGACCUCGUCCCCUGCCGAGGCAGCGUCCUCCUGCCAGGCAUCAAAGGGAGAACAUUUCCCCCAAUCCCAGGACGGCACCCUCGCCCGCACGCCGUUCUUCGUCUCGGAGCUCGGUUCCUCCAGCUGCAGGUUUUAGGAGUCGAACCCCGUCAGGCAGCAGCCCGUUGUGUGAUGGCGUCGAAGUCCGACUGGGGGAGAGGGUUCUGGUGGCGGGCCAGAGAACCGGAGUCGUUCAGUUCUGCGGAAAAACCAGCUUUGCUCCCGGGGUCUGGUUGGGCAUUGAACUGGACAAACCCAGUGGUAAGAACGACGGCUCGGUGGGAGGAGUGCGGUACUUCAGCUGCCCUCCAAAACACGGGGUCUUCGCUCCACCGUCUCGGGUACAAAGGAUCCAUGGUUCAGUUGAUUGCCUCUCAGAGCUCACCAGCUCCCGCUUCAGUCAUCAGUUCAGUGGAACGAUCCGUCGCAGCUUCAGCACCACGUCGGCCAUCGCCGCUCCGAAGGAGGCGAGCAGGAGGAGCUCGGUUUCCAGGAGCCGCUCUCAUCCUCACCGCCGCCGCCGGAGCACCCUGAGCGGCAGCAGYGGCGGUUUGUCCGGCCCCGCCGCGGGCUCCGGCCCCUCCCCCGGUUCUGACGGGCAGGUGCGCCUCCGCCCCGGCAUGCAGGUGUUCCUGAGCAGCGCCAACGAGAUGGCGUUCAUCCGGUACCUGGGCGCGGCGGACUUCGCCCCAGGUGUCUGGCUCGGUUUGGAGCUGCGGACACCGAARGGCAAGAACGACGGCUCGGUCGGGGACCGCCGCUACUUCUCCUGCCGGCCCGGGUACGGCGUGCUGGUCCGACCCAGCCGCGUCACCUACUGCGGCAUCAACGGCUCCCGUCUGCUGAACGAGAAGAGCUGAAAGGGUUAAACUUAUUACUCCUGACUGAAACUCAGAGGCAAAACGCACUUUAGAAAGUUAACUUUAACUUGUGAUCAUGAUCGGUUUGGGCAGGAUUUAAAGUCUGUAGGAAGGGGUGUUUUAAUAACUGCACUAUUUUUAAUCUGAUUGCACUGACAAACAUCAGUAUGAUAGAAGAUAAAAGAAUGGACGCGCAAAAACAGCUUCUUUUGCGCAAAACUAAUUUUGAUGUCAUCGGUUGUGAUUUUUAUCAGAUAAUUACGUAGUUAUCUGUCGAACUAAGUGUAUGCGUGUGUUUGGGGGUGUGUGUUCUCAUUAAGAACGCUGAAACAGGAAAAUUAAUUUACGUUUAAUAGAUAGAUGGAUACCAGAUCAAUCUAUAUUUAAAAAAAAAGAAGUUAAUUAUCAGGAUGCAACUAUUGUAUCCUCCUUAGUGAUUUAUCAGAUAAAUACAGGGUUUAGUGUGUUCUUAUAGAUCUCAGCACAGAUUUAAAACAAAAAGCAAAAACCUUCAUCACUUGUGUUUUUAAAUCAGAUUUGUCCAGAAAAUAGUUUUUCUUUUACUGCUUCAGCGUAAAAUUUAAGCUGUUUUGCAUUUUGCAUUGGAGCCUGAAAUUCUGCUAUAUUAUAUAACUUUAAGCCGCGCGUUUAAAUAAUAGAUCUAACAGAUUUUGAGUAAAGCUUUCACUUGUUAAAUGGCUUCUAACAGGCAGGACGUUCAUACCCGCCCAGAUGUUUUCGGUCCGAUGGGAGAAGGAGCCCUGCGGAUUGAUUGUGCGUGUGGGAAGCAGGGCCGCUGUUUAGUAAAGCACUCAUGUUCCGUCCAAUUAGAGCGUGCAGGUCGCAGCAGAAUCUCCAGUGGCCCUCUGCCAUUGAUCUGUUGUGGUCAGGCCCCCUGUGAUUGAAAAGCAGAGCCCAAGGUUGUCUGAAAUGUCUGCAACAGAUGAUAUGAGUAGGUGGGGAAGUAACAAAAAUAAAAAGAAAGAAAAGAUCUUCCGAAGUUAGUAUUUUCACUUUCUUUUUCUUGAAAAUAAGGCUUGUCUUUAUGUUAAAGCCAUUUUUGUAACAGUUCAGAGUUUUUCCACGUUCUUGUGUAAUUUGAUGAAUCUGCUGUCUUUUGUUCAUCUUUAACUCAUUCAUGGUUCUGAUUUAAACAAAAGAAAUGUAACAGAAGAACCACUCUAAUAUAUUUAAGAUUUUAUAUCAAAAAUAAACAAUCUGCUCUACUUUAA